GCCAGUCGUUUCAGUGGGUGUGAGAGAGAAAAUCUGGGGGCGUUCGCGCCUGAAAUUUCUCCCUUUGCCUAGGUACUACGGAGGAAAAGCCGAUUUGCUUGUUUCGUAUGCGUUUGUCCCUAGGCGAGCAUUUUGCCGUGUGUCGGCUGGCGAUCUUUCAAAUCAAUGUCUCCUUUCUUGACGAAGCCGUGCGUGCCGUGCGUCGUGCAUAAGUUUUCCUCCUGCGUCUCCUUGGAUGUUGCCGGACGAAGGCCUCUCCCUGUGAUCUCCAAUUACCCCUGUCCUGCGCCAACCGAUUUCAACUAGCGCCCGCAAAUUUCCUAAUUUCAUCGCUUCACCUAGUCUCUUGUUGUCCUCGAUUGCAUUUUUCUUCUCUUGGUACCCAUUUUGUAACCCUAAUGGUCCACCGGUUAUCUAACCUAUGCAUUGCAUGGCCUGCCCAGCUCCAUUUCUUUCUCUUAAUGUCGAUUAGAAUAUCAGCCGUUUGCUCUCUGAUCCAAACCGCUCUCUUUCUUUCUCCCCUUUAACGUUACGCCUAACAUUCUUCGUUCUAUCACUCUUUGCAUGGUCCUUAACUUUUUUCCCAAUCAAGCUUCUUUGUCAGUGUCCAAGUUUCUGCCCCACAUGUCAGCACCGGUAAAAUGCGCUGAUUGUACACCUUUCUUUUCAAUGACAAUGGUAAGCUCCCAGUCAGGAGCUCACGAUGUCUGCCGUAUGUGAUCCAACCCAUUUUUAUUCUUCUGUGAAUUUCCUUUUCAUGGUCGGGGUUCCCUGUGAUUAAUUGACCUAGGUAAACGUACUCCUUCACAGACUGUAGAGGACAAAUGGCGAUUCUGAACUCUUGUUCCUUUGCCCGGCUAUUUAUCAUUAUCUUUGUCUUCUGCACAUUAAUCUUCAACCCCACUCUUACACUCUCUGUUAAGGUCCUCAAUCAUUUGUUGUAACUCGUCUGCAUUGUUGCUGAAUAGAGCAAUGUCAUCGGCAAACCGAAGGUAGCUGAGAUAUUCGCCAUCGUUCUUUACUCCUAAGCCUUCCCAGUUUAAUAGCUUGAAUACUUCUUCUAAGCAUGCAGUGAAUAGCAUUGGAGAAAUUGUGUCUCCCUGUCUGACCCCGUUCUUUAUAGGUAUCUUCCUACAUGUGUAGAAUUAAGGUAGCUCUGGAAUCUCUGAAUUUUCCCAGGUACAUAAGCGGUCUGUACUCCUUGAUUGCGUAGUGCAUCUAUGACUGCUGGUAUCUCUAGUGAAUCAAAUGCCUUUUCGUAAUCUAUGAAAGCCAUAUAGAGAGGCUUACUGUACUCUGUGGAUUUCUCGAUUACCUGAUUAAUGACACGGAUGUGAUCCAUUGUAGAGUAUUCCUUCCUGAAGCCAGCCUGUUACCUUAGUUGAAUGAAGUCCAGUAUUUCCCUUAUUCUAUUGGAGAUAAUUUUGGUGAAUAUUUUAUAUAAUACUGGGAGUAAGCUAAUGGGCCUAUAAUUUUUCAGUUAUUUAAUGUCUCCCUUUUUGUGGAUUAGUAUAAUGCUUGCAUUCUUCCAGUUUUCUGGGACCCUUGCGAUCGAUAGACACUUCGUAUAAAGAGCCGCCAGUUUUUCAAGCAUUACGUCUCCUCCAUGUUUGAUUAAAUAGGCUGUUAUUCCAUCUUCUCCUGCCACUCUUCCUCGUUUCAUGUCUUGCAAGGCCCUUCUGACCUCAUCGCUAGUUAUAGGAGGAGUUCCUGUAUCCUGUUCAUUACUGUUUCUAAUUGAGGUAUCCUGACUCCUCUGGGUAUUGUACAGGUGAUCCUGGCACGGACAAUCAGCAACCGCCGUAAUAUGCGCUCGGUGGCCACCAAGGUGGUCAUUCAGCUGAACUGCAAGCUCGGUGGCGAAGCGUGGUGCCUGGACAUCCCUCUGGUCAACACAAUGGUGGUUGGCUACGACACGUACCACGAUUCGAGCUCGCGCAGGCUCUCGGCCGGUGCCUUUGUGGCCAGCAUGAACCGCUUGCUGACACGCUGGUACUCUCGUGUUGCCUUCCACGCCACGCAUCAGGAGCUGGGCAGCUCUCUGGGCCUUCUGGUGCAGGAUGCACUGCACAAGUACAUGCAGGUCAACUCUGGCUCGGCGCCAGACAGGAUCAUCUUCUUCAGGGACGGCGUCUCUGACGGCCAGAUACCACAGGUGCGAGAGUGGGAAAUCGAACAGAUUGUCAGCUCACUGGACGCCCUCUUCCCGGGCGUGGACCACAAGCUAGCCUUCGUGGUGGUCACCAAGCGCAUCACCACGCGCUUCUUCUCGCACCUGCCGAGCGGGGGUUACGGCAACCCUUCGCCCGGCACCCUAGUCGACACCGAGGUGACGCGCCCCGAGCGCUACGACUACUUCCUGGUGUCGCAGAGCGUCCGCCAGGGCACUGUGGCCCCGACCCACUACAACGUCAUCUACGACACGACAGGCCUCAAACCGGACCACAUGCAGCGGCUGUCGUACAAGCUGACCCACCUGUACUUCAACUGUCCCGGCACCAUCCGAGUGCCGGCACCGUGCCAGUACGCACACAAGCUUGCCUUCCUGGCCGGCCAGUGGUUGCAUGCUGAGCACAGCCCUCGCCUGGCAUCCACCCUGUUCUACCUGUCACGGGCUCCGACCGCUCCCCGAGAUGGGGUCGUGUCGAGAUGGAUGGACGGACUCGCAGUGUGCAGCUUCAACCUUGUGUCUUGCUAUGCAUCCGUCUGGAUAAUCUGCUAUUUUAGGAUAAUCUGUCAUUUUACAGAAGCAUUCUUUGCGUUUAUUCACGUAUGUGCAGUACAGACAUUUCAUUAAAUAGCUUACUUAUUGUCUGGAUCAUUUCUUUCUCAAAUGAAAGCACUCUCUCUGUCAACAUUGUUUCCAUACUCAUAUUAAAAAUAAUAAAAAAUUUAAUACUACUAUUUAAUUUUGCGUGUCUGGUACAAACCCUAUAUUAAGUCGGCUAUGUAUCGUUUCGAUGAUUGGUCCCUCAACUAAAACCACAGGCCUAGUUCGCUUUCUUUUCAUCUUCAUAAGGGCUCUUCAAAUUGCAUGACCUUACUUUAUUUUUUAUUAAAGCAAGCAUUCCAUUUUGUUAUUUUUUCUUGUCGUGCACAGGAUUUACUAUAAUUGAGCUAAGUUAUUGUUAGAUGCUUUAACGAAACAGGCAUUUUGAUAGGUGUGUGUUCAUGGUUUUUUUUUUACUUUAAACAUUCUUUUCAUUGCGCUCUGUUCCAUAUUCAGUACAAGUUUCAUUUCACAGCAGCUUAGUUCUUACCGGAUUUAAUAAAUACUAUUUUCAUCUUGUUCAUGUAGUGGGUUCAUUCUAUUGUUUAAAGCAGUUAAAAACUAUUUGUCUUUCCGAAUGUACAAAAACAUUUUGCAUGAUUGCAUUAAAUAGAUUGUGUAUGCAUUGUUCUGCUGUUGUUUCAGGUAUUUUUGAGUAAACGCUUUUCUUGAGGUCGAGAUCAAAUUAUUUAAGGGCUAGGGUACUUUCGUUACACGUGUGAAUCAUGUAUGAAAGCUUUGAGUACCAUCUAUGUAAGAGUAAAGUCAUUGUGGAGACCAUG